ACACCGUCACCGCCUUCAUUUUCUUGCUUUCUACUCUCAGCUAUCCUCGUUGAUCCGCGAAUUGAUAGUAAAAUUGGAAAGAUGGAUUCGAUCCUUACGGUGGGCAUCGCAUCUGUUGUUUUGGGUGCGUUGAUAGCGGUCGUCUUCUUCAGUAGCUACUUGAGGAAGCGGACAUCGGAGGUGGAUUCGAUGGCGAAAGCGGAGCCUCAGGAUCCGAUCCGGAUUCCGAAAUCGAAUCCCAAGAAGAGUCAUCCCAAAUCUCACGCGACCGACAAGCAGAAUCAGAACAAGCGUCAUCAUCCUCUAGACUUGAACACGUUGAAAGGACACGGUGAUUCUGUUGAUGCGCUCUGUUUCUCAUCUGAUGGAAAGAGCUUGGCCACAGCUUGCGGUGAUGGAGUGAUCAGGGUUUUCAAGCUAGAUGAUGCCUCUAGCAAAAGCUUCAAAUUUUUAAGGAUAAAUCUUCCAGCUGGAGGACAUCCAAGCGCUGUCUCAUUUGCUGAUGAUGCCUCCUCUAUUGUUGUGGCUUGUCAUACGAUGUCUGGUUCAUCUCUCUACAUGUACGGUGAAGAAAAACAAAAGGAACAGCAGUCCAAGCUUCCUCUUCCUUCCAUCAAAUGGGAGCGCCAUCAUAUCCAUGACAAGAGAUCUGUCCUUACCCUCUCUGGAGCCACUGCAACCUAUGGUACUGCUGAUGGAAGUGCUGUCAUCGCCUCUUGUUCCGAAGGGACUGAUAUCAUACUUUGGCAUGGGAAAACUGGGAGGAAUUUGGGACAUGUUGAUACAAACCAGUUGAAGAACCACAUGGCUGCUGUCUCACCCAAUGGACGCUUUUUAGCUGCUGCUGCCUUUACUGCUGAUGUCAAGGUCUGGGAAAUUGUGUAUCUGAAAGAUGGUUCCGUCAAGGAGGUUUCAAGAGUUAUGCAACUCAAAGGCCACAAGAGUGCAGUGACUUGGUUAUGCUUUUCUCCUAACUCUGACAAAAUCAUUACCGCUUCCAAAGAUGGUUCAAUCAGACUCUGGAACAUCAAUGUCCGGUAUCAUAUGGAUGAGGAUCCAAAGACUUUGAAGGUGUUCCCGAUUCCACUUUGCGAUGCGGGGGGAAACCCGUUGCACUAUGAUCGCCUCAGUUUGUGCCCUGAGGGAAAAAUAUUGGCGGCAAGCCAUGGUUCCACAUUGCAGUGGUUAUGUGCUGAAACUGGAAGUGUUCUGGACACAGCUGAGAAAGCCCACGAAGGGGAUAUCACAUGCAUUUCGUGGGCACCCAAGGCAAUGACAGUUGGGGAGAGAAAGGCGCAGGUUUUAGCGACAGCAGGGGUUGACAAAAAAGUGAAGCUGUGGGAAGCUCCAAAGUUGCAGUCUGUGUAGACUUGCUACUGCUGCUGCAAUACAAAGAAAGUCUUUCAUCAUACGAGGAGGAAGUUUUUAUUUGUUUUUCUUUUGAGUCCUCCUUCCUUUUAGUCAAAUGAGUAUCAUCCUAGUGCGCAAGCAAAGAGUGAACUAAUGACAGGAAACGUUGAAGUUUCUUCUUUUGUCUUUCAACUUUUUGACAUUUUUAUCUCUAGACUUUACCCUUUCCUCGAGAAAAGAAAACUGAUCCUAUUUCUCCAAA